GUCCCUAUGGGUGUACUUUCACAACAAGAAUUUCCAGUUACACAGUGGUCUACAAGGCAACAAAAAUAAUAGCAGUUUCUUCGUUAAACAUCACUUCGAACUUAAACAACAUCAAUGUUACAUGCAAAAGUCAGGAAACAGGCAUGACAGAGUCAGACGGUCCGCUGCUCUCCUGUUGUACUGACAGACACUUACCACGGAUUACUGGUAACUGGAAAGAAAAUGGAGAAAUUAUUAUUACAGGAGUCUCCAAUUUCAGUAAAAACUGCACUGAAUACAAGGUCAACAUCAGCAAAUCACUAUGUCAGCCUGAGAAGUCAGGUACAGUAGUGACGUAUACAUGUGAGCUGCAGACUGGAUAUGGUGCCAAGAGCAGUAAAAACAUCAGCGUGAUGUACCUCUGGGCAGCCAGUGUAACAAUAUCUUCAAGCACAAAUUCAUCUGUUUCCGAGGGAUAUUCAUUCAACCUAAAGUGUGAAAGUGAUAUGAGAAAUUAUGAGAGUGUCAGUUGGAAAAUUCAGUCUGGAAAUAACAUAAAAACAGUAGACUGUGAUAUGUGUAUCAAAAAUAGCAGCUCUACAGCCACAUCUGAGCUCAAAGUGGACCAUGUCACAAAGGACUGGAACGGCACCUACAUCUGCACUUUCUCCUAUGAGCACCUGGAGAGUUCUGCCAACAUGACAAUCGAGGUUGUUUCCUUGCCUCUGAAGCAGAACAUCCUGAGAGACCCCAUUGAAGCAACUAUACAGUGCGGAGUAUCACAAGUCCUUAAGUGCUGCAUAAAUGCUAACACCAUGGAAGAUUACAAUGUUACAUUUGUGGUUCAACAGCAGAUACAGAAAACUGGGGAAAAGAAAGAAGAUAACGCAUUUUGCUAUGUGUGCAAUUACACAGAAAAACAAUGCAAAGCAGACACAAAGCUCACGGCAUACUGCAACUUUACUAACCGCCUUGGACAGAAAGUCUACAGUGAAAGUAUAAAACUGAAUCUGAUAGAUGGAAAUAGCAUUUCCUGCUCAGGCAGCCUUGGCAUUGGAAAAGAAGGGGACACAUUAAUAAGGGGAUGCAAUGGAUCAAAGAGUACAGAUGGCCUUACCCGAGGCAAUAGAACUUACGAGUGUUCCAACAAACAAUGGAAGAUCAAAAAGGAUGCCUGCCUGUCUGUACCUAUAAGUAACCUGCUGACUAGUGCUGAGUCCUUGGUCAACAGUCCUGACCCAACAGCAAACCUACCUAACUACCUUGCAAAGCUUAAGGAUCAGACAGCAAAGGAGCUAAACACCAGUUCUCCUGCAAACGUAGGCGCAAUUGUUACUGUCCUGGAUAUGGUCUCCUCUAUCCCAGCAUAUGCCGAGGAGCUCACUAUUCAAAAUUUUCUCUCCACAGUGGACUUCGUUGUUGCUAAUUCCACAACUAAAACUUGGGAAAGCCUGAAUAAAGAGCAGACACCCCAAAGUUCUUUGUUACUGAAUUCAGUAGAAAAAUUUACCUCUAACCUCCGUCCAGUAAAUAAUACCAUUCCUUCUGUCUCCACAAAUACCCUUCAUCUACAAGGUGUAGUUGUCACAGGAAGUAACAUCACAGACUAUUUUAAGAAAUUCCAGAGUACAAAACACCUGACAGUUAACGUGCUUAUUGAUAAAACUGAAAUUCAGACUCUAAACCAAAGUUCAACCAUUGUCAGUGUGAUGUACUCAGAACUUGGACGUAUUUUGCCUGGGAAUAAGUCCGAGUAUGUGAACGGCUUAUUGAUAACAACAACAAUAAGCAGCCAAACAAGCCAGGAUUUCAAUAUUAAUAUGACCUUUGCAAAGAAUAUCUUGUCUCUAAAGAUGCCACGGUGUGUCUUCUGGAACUUCUCACUCGAACAUGGUGCGGGCUGGGAUACUCGUGGUUGCACACCCACAGAGGAAGAAGAUGUUGUUAUUUGCUCCUGCAAUCAUUUGACAUCAUUCUCCAUUUUGAUGUCACCUGGUGAAUCCUCCCAGACAAUCUUUGAAGAUUAUAUUACCUACACUGGCCUGGCCAUUUCAAUCUUGAGUUUGGCAACCUGCAUUAUAAUUGAAUCCUUAGUCUGGAAAUACGUGACAAACAACACAACCUCCUAUAUGCGCCAUGUCUGUAUUCUCAACAUAGCUACAUCGCUCCUGAUUGCUGACAUUUGGUUCAUUGUCAGUGCCUCCAUAAAUGACCAGGGCCAACAGAUGAGCAGAGGUAUCUGUUUCAUGGCUACCUUCUUCAUCCAUUUAUUCUACCUGUGUGUUUUUUUCUGGAUGCUCAGCCUGGGCCUCAUUCUUUUCUACAGACUGGUCUUCAUCUUACAUAACACGAGCAAGACCGCUCAGAAAGCAAUGGUGUUCUGUCUGGGAUAUGGGUGCCCCUUUGUCAUUGCAGUCAUCACCAUCGCUGUCACACUGCCAAGGAACAUUUACACCAGAAAGGAUGUCUGCUGGCUCAAUUGGAAUGACAGCAAAGCUCUCUUGGCCUUCGUCAUACCUGCUCUGAUCAUUGUGGCCAUGAAUUUGUUCAUCACCGCUGUUGUUAUAAUAAAAAUACUGAGGCCAACUAUUGGGGAUAGGUCAAACAGGCAGGAGAGGAACUCUUUAUUUCAAAUCGGCAAAAGUGUGGCCAUCUUGACACCACUGUUAGGCCUCACCUGGGGAUUCGGCAUUGCCACCAUCAUCAAAAACAGUCAUCGGAUUUUCCACAUCCUCUUUACUCUGCUCAAUGCUUUCCAGGGAUUAUUCAUUUUGGUGUUUGGGACUCUCUGGGACAAGAAGAUACAGGAAGCCCUGCUGAAGAGGAAUUCAAUGUCCAAAUGGAGUUCGCAGCAAACAAAG